GCCGGAGGGCGCGGGGCGCUGAGUUCCAGCCCGGUCCCCGCGGGUGAGGACCCGCAGCGGGGGCUCAGCUUGGCGGGGGGGGGUGAGGAGCUGAUGGCUGCUGCUGCGGCAGCCGCGGCGCUGGCGGGAACUGCGGUCCCAGGGAGGGAAACUGAGGCCGGCCCUCGCCCCGCAGGAGAGAAGCCUUACCACUGCAACUGGGACGGCUGCGGCUGGAAGUUCGCGCGCUCGGACGAGCUCACGCGCCACUACCGCAAGCACACGGGCCACCGGCCGUUCCAGUGCCACCUGUGCGAGCGCGCCUUCUCCCGCUCCGACCACCUGGCGCUGCACAUGAAGAGGCACCUGUGACCCCGUGACCCCGUGACCCUGUGACCCCGCGCCCGCGCCGUGACUGUGACUGUAUUUAUUGGACCCAGGGCCGGGCCGGGCCGCGCGGCCAUCCCGUCCCCACCGCAGGCCGGGGGGCGAGCGGCGCAUCCCAGAGGGGAGGACGCGGG